CGUUGCUACAUAACACCUGGCAGUAAACAACAUGGCGGCAGAUACGGUGACUGCAACAGAAAUGGAACUUUCUGAAUCAGAAGAUAUGAAAUUAAAAACCGAGGAGAGUACUAAGAGUGAAAAGGUGGACGGAAUACAAGAUGUUAGUCAAGAAUUGAAGAAAGCUAUGGAUUCAGGUGUGGAUGACGCGAUGGGCGAAACAAUCCCACACCUUGAGGAAGACGUGACUUAUGUGGAACCAGUUCCAGAUCCUUACAACAAAGCCAUCAAAUACCUGGAGAAACAUAAUAUUCUUCAGCUUUUCCAGACUAUGACAACAAAUAUUGUUUACAAGCGUCCAGAACAUCCAGUGGACUUUAUGAUUGAAGAAAUAGAAGAACUCAAGAAGACGAUUGACCCAAAUGAAAAAGAGGCUGGAGCCUCAUGAUACUGAAUUUUAUUAUUUUUAUUUUGGAUGGUUGUGAACUUUGCCUCACUUACUGUUAUCAAGGGCUUUGGAAAUAUAUUGGAACAACAAUACUCAGUUUGCUAACAAUCAGAUUCACACAUGAUUAUUAUUAGUUCACAGGGUUAUAUAUCAAGAAUAAUAGCCAACUAGUCCACAAGACAUUUUGGACUAGUUUAUUUAAAAUUAUACCAACAUAACAAGAUUUGUAGAGAGAACUAUAGGCUCCUUCCAGGUUUUCACUGGUCUUGGACAAAAAGCUGCAUCUAAACCAAUAGUGGUAGACCCUUGAGUUAAAUUCAGCUAGUCCAUUUCAGGUGAUCACCAUGGCCACGGGCCAAUCUCUACAUUUUGAGCUGCAUUUUGUGUGGCCAAAAGAGGUCAUGUGGUAUUGGAACUUAAUUCCGUUGUUUAUGUAACAUUACAUGUAAGUAUGGGGAGAAUACUACUAGUCAUUAAAACUAUGAGCAAUGUCAAACUCUGGACAAUUUCAUCUUUGGUUUAAUCUGUUGUACUGCAUGAGGAUGCAUCAUACUUCCCGCAUUUGUGUUGUAUAUUUCAGUGGAGUGUGUAUUUGUACUAGAAGCAUAUUCUUUGUAUCAUGUAUGUUUGUUUGUUUCAGUAUUACGCUAUCAUUAAACACCAAAUGUACAGUUUUCAGUUUGACUUAAAAUGUUUGUUACACUUAGUUUGUUACAUCUGUUUAUACUUAAUUUGAGUCAAAUCGAAAGGAAAUGAUUCAAAAUGAUGCAAGAAAUCUCUUAUCAUAUGCUUGCAAAUUAAGACAGAAAUUGUCAUUUCAUGGCAAUGUUUUGUACAAAGAAACAAUAAACCACAAACUUAUGUUUUGUUAGUGAAUUUCUCCAAAUGAUAUACACAAAUUAUCAUGAUUAUUUAUGUGUUUUGCAAUGUUUUAUGAUAAAGGACUUGAAUUAU